AUGGAACCGGGUUCACACGCCUCCCCUCCCGGGUUGACGAGCGUGGCGCGACCGGUCGAGUGUGACCUGGGGAUGCUAAAGCGGCUGCUGGACGAACAAUCGGGUUGCCUGAAGGCGGCGAAUCGCCGAAUUCUUGACAUGUUUGCUACAAUCGCUGAGAAACUGGCUGCGCAAAGGGAUGUGGUUUCUGGGCUUGCUGAUCUUUGCAAGGAGCCAGUGGAGGAUUGUCGGAGACUGCAGCGGGCGUUGUUCCGGCUGUGGCUGCCAGUCCUUCUACAGGCGAAGGCAGGAAACGGCGAAGGCGAACCAAAGGCAAGACCAAUUUUGGCACCCAAGGUUUGGAAGAUCAGGUGGCAGAUCACGAACAGCACGAUGUGUUCGCGAUAG